AAAUAUGUUAACAACGUAAAACAUGAAAAUAAAGCUAAUUAACUAAGCGUAAGCCAAAAGUCGAACCGACGCCACGAAUGUGGUGGCUCACACACGCUGGUCGGAGACAAAAACGUUAAUUAAGCGGCAGAUUUGUCUAGAAGAAAAGAGAAGGGAGAGCGAUUUUCUAAGAGAUAGAAAAAAUUGAAGUGAACCACCGAAUUAUUCCAAAUUUAUUGUUAUGAUUUUAGGUUUGUUUAUAAAGGUGUAUGACUUUAUCAAGCAAACAAAAUGUAUAGAUAAAGUAAAGGAAACUACUAUGAAGAGAAGAAGAAUAAAAAGAUAAUUAUGGAAAAAAGAAAUACAGGAAAGUGAAAAAAUAUUAACCAAAAAAAGAAUAGAAGCGUGAGAAACUGAGAGUUGACUCGAACCCUGAAACCUCACACAAUCUGCAGACCUACAUAACCACUUUACCAACCUAACACUAUCGUAACUGUGGCCCUCAAAUUUUAUUUAUAUUGUGUGGCCUAAAGCAAAUGCUUUGCUUGCUUUAUAGACGGGCCGGGCCUGUAUAGAGUACUUAAAAAAUGGCUUAUUCUAAAACUAUUCUCAUAUUCUUCUUCUUUACAUUUGUGACACUAUGCUUUGUGAUAUCAGCCGAUGCGGCUACAAUUACUGUGAGAAACAAUUGUCCAUAUGUUGUUUGGGCUGCCACAUAUGCUCCGGGGAAACCUGGCGGUGGGAGGCGACUCAACCGAGGCGAAACAUGGACCGUUCCUGCUGAUCCAGGUACCAUCCAGGCUCGGAUUUGGGGCCGCACUAACUGCAACUUUGAUGCCUCAGGAAGAGGUAGUUGCCAGACUGGUGACUGUAAUGGCCUCCUAGAAUGCAAAUCUUAUGGACGAGCACCAAAUACCUUGGCAGAAUAUGCUCUCGCACAAUUUGCAAACCAAGAUUUCAUCGAUAUUUCGGUGAUCGAUGGAUUCAAUAUUCCGAUGCAAUUCAGUUCCGCAUCAGGACAAUGCAGUCGCGUUAUUAGGUGUACCGGAGAUAUUAUAGGACAAUGUCCUAGCCAACUACGAAUGGACGGUGCUUGCAACGGACCAUGUCCGGUGUUGAAGACGGAGGAACACUGUUGCAACUCCGGUAAUUGUGGACCGACCCCACUCUCUAGGUUCUUCAAGCAACGUUGUCCAGACGCCUAUAGUUACCCGAAGGAUGAUCCUACAAGCCUCUUCACUUGCCCAGCCGGAACCAACUACAAUGUUAUUUUCUGUCCGUAAAUGAAAAUGAUUAUCAUCAACAUGCUUACAUGCUAUAAUAUCAUAAGAGCAAAAGCCAAUAAUAUCAAUACGGUAUGAUUAAUAAUUACGAUGUACGAAUUGCUAUGAAUAAAUCGAAGUAUGUUUCAUCUUAUUAAUAAAAGAAGAUUAAGUACUGCUCAUAACAAAGAUCUCGCAUUUGUAUUAUAUUGACAUCAAUAGAUACAUUUAUAUACUCCCGUCGGCGAUUUUCUAGCGAGUGAAUUAAACCUGGCUU